CUUCGUCAUCCCAUUUCCAGUCAUUCCCCCAAAACUGAAGGAGUCCUCCCCACCCACUCCCCUUCACCCUCUAAUACCUCGGCAGAACAGGUUCCUCGACAGCCCCCAACAGCUCCAACCAAACCGCAGAAAGCAAUCCUGACGUAAGAGACAUUGAAAGCCUCCCCCUCUACCAGCAGUCAAGUUCACGGCAGUUCCUUGAACCCUCUCGGCAAAGGAAGUUCCCUGGAGUGGGGAGUUUAGCCACAGGGUCACCAGGGGCCACGAACGUUCACUGAUCCCCAGUCUGAUCCUGUCCCUAGUGGCAGCAAGUACGAGUACCAAUGGUCCAAAUAAAUAUGAGAGUCUUCAAAAUCAUUUCGCUGUUGCUCCUCUCAAUUCUGAGUGGCUUGGACUGUUCUCCAGUGUCGUCGCUUCGUCUGGAGCACAGGGCUGGCCUCGAGGAGGACACAGUACUAGGCCUGAACGAUUACGAACCCCAGGAGCCGUCGACAACAGUAAAACCAGUGGAGAUAUCGGAGGACACUUACGAUCAACGUCAGAACGGUACUGAGAACUACAGGAUUCACGUAGACGGUUUGGUCGUUGUGGUGGCCCCUGUGGAGGCUCUUCUGCUUGCUGGAGGAAUCCCGGAUAAUUUUUCAAAUAUUCUCGCGCCCCCACCGCCCCCGGAGAAACCCCUGGACAAACCUGGAGACGACGAGGGCCCUUUGAAACCUACCGAGAAGCCGAUUGAGGUGGUGGAGGAGGAAAAACCGCUGGAUAUCAAAAAAAUUUCCCACAGGGGACAUUUAAAGCUCGUCAGCUUCCUAGCACCUCUCCUAAGACACAUUGGACAACACUGAAAGGAUUUUACCCACUUUUUUGUACUCUUUCUUAUUAAAAUGAUAUUUAUUCAUCUGAAAUUACAAUAAAUACAGUUUUUCAAA